GAGCCCCACUGGGGUGUGUGUGUGUGUGUGUGUGUGUGUGUGUGUGUGUGUGUGUGUGUGUGUGUGUGUGUGUGUGUGUGUGUGUGUGUGUGUGUGUGUGUGUGUGUGUGUGAGCGAGGAAGGGAGAGAGCGAAAGGGAGAGUGUGUGAGGGAGGGCGAGCGAGAGAGGAGGAGAGAGAGAGAGAUGAGGCGCAGCAGCCGUUGAGUGCAGAGCAGAGCCAGAGAGAGGAGCAACAGCCGAGACUGGAAGCACUCACUGACUGACUGGAGCUCACUGACACACAGAGCUGGAGCUGUAGGGUCCAGGUAGAGGCUACAGCAUUCUUACCUAUCUACUUACCCAGAUUGACCUUCCUCUGACUGGGGGAAACACCUACCUUGACCACCACCACUACCAGGCUCCAGUGCCAAGGUCCAGGAUCUGUGUCCGGGGGGCUGUUCUGAUGCGGACCCAGCAGAGCUCUGAGGGGCCCGUGCCCGGGGACAGCAGUGGCAGCGCCAGCUCUGGACUUUCCCCUGGAUCUCCUGGUUCGGACUCGGACAGCGGUACCCCCACCGAGGGAGGUGGAAAAGGAGUAGGAGGAGGGAUGGGGGAGAAAUGGGGAGCAGGAGGAGGAGGAGGAGGAGGAGGGAUGGGGAGCCUAGGAGGUACUCUCAGAGGGGUCCUCUCACAUUAUUGGAGCCUGGAGAGCCUCCACUCCACCACUGUACCAGACGGGGGUGGAGAGAAGACCAGUCUGGGGCUGAGUGAUGAUCUAGGCAGUGACGAGGACCUGUUUGAAGACUUCCGCAGCUCCAGACAUCACUUUGGACACCCAGGGGGAGGUGGGGAACAACUGGCCAUAAAUGAGCUGAUUAGCGAUGGCAGCUGUGUGUACGCCGAGGCGCUGUGGGACCAUGUCACUAUGGACGACCAGGAGCUGGGCUUCAAGGCGGGGGAUGUCAUUGAGGUAGUGGAUGCCACCAACAAAGAGUGGUGGUGGGGACGCAUUCUGGACAGUGAGGGCUGGUUCCCAGCCAGCUUCGUCCGGUUGCGUGUGAACCAGGAUGAGCCUAUGGAGGAGUACCUAGCCCAGCUGGAGAAGCCUGGGGCUGGGGAGAAUGACCAGCCAGGCGUGGGCCUGUUUCUGGGACCAGGCCUGCCUUGUAAGGAACAGAUGAGGACUAAUGUCAUCAAUGAGAUCAUGAUCACAGAGAGAGACUACAUCAAACACCUCAAAGACAUCUGUGAGGGUUACAUCAAGCAGUGUCGUAAGAGGAUAGACAUGUUCACAGAGGAGCAGCUGCUGUGUAUCUUCGGAAACAUCGAGGACAUCUACCGCUUCCAGAAAAAGUUCCUGAAAGGUCUGGAGAAGAGGUUCAACAAGGAGCAGCCGCACCUCAGCGAGAUCGGUUCCUGCUUCCUGGAACAUCAAACAGACUUCCAGAUCUACUCGGAGUACUGUAACAACCACCCCAACGCCUGUGUGCAGUUGUCCCGGCGGAUGAAGAACAACAAGUACGUGUUCUUCUUCGAGGCUUGUCGUCUGCUGCAGAAGAUGAUUGACAUCUCGCUGGAUGGCUUCCUGCUCACGCCCGUCCAGAAGAUCUGCAAGUACCCUCUGCAGCUGGCCGAGCUACUGAAAUACACCAACCCCCAGCACAGGGACUAUAGGGACGUGGAGGCUGCCUUGAACGCCAUGAAGAACGUGGCCAGGCUGAUCAACGAGAGGAAGCGACGCCUGGAGAACAUCGACAAGAUCGCCCAAUGGCAGCGCUCCAUAGAGGACUGGGAGGGAGAAGAUAUCCUCAGUAAAAGUUCAGAUCUGAUCUUCUCUGGAGAGCUGACGAAGAUCUCCCAGCCUCAGGCUAGGAGCCAGCAGCGCAUGUUCUUCCUCUUCGACCACCAGAUGGUCUACUGCAAAAAGGACCUCCUGCGCAGGGACAUGCUGUACUGUAAGGGUCGUAUGGACAUGGACCAGAUGGAGGUGGUGGAUGUGGAGGACGGGAAGGAGAAGGACUUCAACGUGUCGGUGAAGAACGCUCUGAAACUGUGCUCGCUGGCGGGUGACGAGGUCCACCUGCUGUGUGCCAAGAAGCCUGAGCAGAAACAACGCUGGCUCCGAGCCUUCCAGGACGAGAGGAGGCAGGUGCAGCACGACCGCGAGACAGGAUUCUCUAUCACUGAGGUCCAGAAGAAACAGGCCAUGCUCAACGCCUGCAAAAGCCAUCCAGCUGGGAAGCCCAAAGCGAUGACACGGCCCUAUUGUGACUUCCUGCUCCGUCAGAAGCAGCCAUCUCUGCCCAGCAGCGUUCCCCAGCAGAAGGUCUUCAUGCUGGCUGAGCCCAAACGCAAGGCAACCACCUUCUGGCAAAACAUCGGCAGACUGACGCCUUUCAAGAAGUGAACCGCCAAAGGAGAGGAGAGCUCUCUGCUCGUGCCUAAACUUAACUUUUUAUGCCAGAUGCUCUUUUUUAUUAUUAUAUAUAUAUAUAUAUAUACAUAAUCCUAUCCUAAUUGAAAUACUGAUAUCGUGAAAGAUUAUUACGAUGAUAUUUUUUUCUUUGGAGAAAGCACUUUAUAGGUUGGUUACAAUUAGACUUGGGAAUGGUUCUUCCGGACAUUGUGUGUAUAUAUACACGUUGGGAGACCGUCACGAGGACUAUUAUACCUGCUACUGCAACCAACAACCGAUUGGUUCCACUACUGCUGCGUGAUCAUGUGACUGACUGCCAGUGAGGCUCCUCUUUAUGAAAGACGUUGCCUGGCGACAGCAAAAUGUGACAUUUCCCCCCCCCCCAUUGUUUUUGUUUUCCGACUAAAUGCCAACUGUUCACAAUGCCAGAAACAUGUUACUUUUGCAUUUAAGUUUCUUUCUGGGAACAAAAAAAAGUGAAAAUUGUGAUAAAGGUUUAUUGUACUUCUUUCUGUACAAAAAAAAUGUCAAAAAAAUG